AUGGGUGGCAUGGUAAGUGCCGGCGCCAACAACGACGAACUAGUUCGCAAUUUGGUGAAAGCAGAUAUUAUCAAGUCUCCGGAUGUCGAGACGGUUUUUCGAGCAGUGGACAGGGGCCAUUACUUUUUGCCAAGCAGUCGGUCAAACGCCUACAAAGAUUCGGCAUGGAAAUCCGACUUUUUACAUCUUUCUGCACCCUGCAUCUACGGAGAGGUUAUGGAGGCCCUGGGGUUAGAGAAAGGCAUGAGCUUUCUAAAUUUAGGCAGUGGGACUGGUUAUUUGAGUACCAUGGCCGGUCUCAUACUGGGUUCAAAUGGUGUGAACCAUGGCAUAGAAAUUAGUGAAAAAGCCGUUGAAUACUCAAUAGCGAAAGUUGAAGAAUACAUAAACACCAAUCCAUACUUUGAUGCUUUCGACUUCUGCCAUCCAAUAUUCAAAUGUGGGAACUGUUUAAGUUUGGUCCCAGGAGAGAUGAGGUACGACAGGGUGUACUGCGGGGCUGCCUGCACCUUUGAAAAUGAAAAUUUACUAAAAAAUUUGGUUAAAGUUAGUGGGUCCAUAGUUGUACCUAUUGAGGACCAGUUGAUGAAGAUAACUCGUUAUUCUGAAAAAGAAUGGAAAGCCAAUCAGCUGAUGGCCGUGUCUUUCGCAGAUCUCAUU